UGAGGGGGAGGGCUGCCCGGGCGCUGCAGGGUGGGGAGAAAGGGGACGGCGCGGUUUUGGGGCGUUUUCGGUGCAUGCAGUCCUUCGGGAUGUGCAGUGUUUGCUGCUGCCGCCCUUCCGGGACGUCUCGUGGAGAGCGGUGCCCCACGGGCCGCCGCCGCGCUCCCUGCCCGCUGGAGCGGGAGCUGCUCCGCGCUGGGCAGCAUCCUGGGCAUCCCCGCCGAGAAGCUGCCCAGUACCCUGGGCCACACCCACCGCCUGUUGCCACCAGCAAAGAAGAACAAAAACGCCUGUUACAGGAGCAGCCCGACCAGCCCCAGAACCCCAAGGUUUUAAGAAUUGCCAUCAUUGGAGCACCCAAUGCUGGGAAAUCCACGCUCUCUAAUCAGCUCUUGGGCAGAAAGGUUUUCCCUGUCUCUCAGAAAGUGCAUACAACCAGAUGCAAAGCCCGAGGUGUCGUCACCUGCGAGGACACACAGCUGGUCAUUCUGGACACACCUGGCCUCACUAGUCCCUUUAAAGCCAAAAGACAUAAACUAGAUGAAGCCAUGCUGACAGACCCAUGGGACAGCAUGAAACAUGCGGAUUUAGUUCUGGUUUUGGUGGACGUGUCGGAUCACUGGACACGAAACUGUCUGAGCAGGGAGGUGCUGAAGUGUCUUUCUCGAUUUCCCCACAUCCCCAGUGUCUUGGUUCUGAACAAGGUGGAUCUGCUAAAGAAGAAGUUCAUCCUGCUGGAACUAGUAACUGAGCUAACAGAGGGAAUUGUAAAUGGAAAGAAAUUGGAAGUGAGAUCUGCAUUUAAACAUAAUUCCAGUUCUUCAUCAAAGUCUCCUCUUCGGAUCACUCAGGCUUCUCCACAUGAGAGUAGGGCCAGUGAGCCUCACUGUCUGCAGGAAACAGGUCAAGCCCAAGAAGGCUCUAGCUUGGACAGCAGCAGUGAUAGGAGGGCUUCUGAGUUCAGUCUUGUCGCAGAAGAAGCACAAGGGCCAAAGCGCUAUGGACCCAGAGAUCUAAAAAAUAUGAAAGGCUGGCCGUGCUUCCAGGAGAUCUUCAUGCUGGCAGCUCUCCAUGGGGAGGAGGUGGAUACACUCAAGCGGUACCUCCUAAUGCAAGCCAAGCCAGGCCCUUGGGAGUUUCACAGCAGGGUCUUGACCAGCCAGUCACCUCAAGAGAUCUGUAAUAAUAUCAUCAGGGAGAAGAUAUUGGAGUACCUGCCACUGGAAGUGCCCUACGGUGUGAUUCAGGUGACUGAGAUGUGGGAGGAAGGACCAAGUGGGGAGCUCCUUAUCGUGCAGAGCCUCUUGGUCCCAAGGAAGUCUCACAUGAUGAUGUUGAUUGGAAGAGGAGGUAAGGUUAUCAGCAAGAUUGCUCAGGAGGCUGGCCAGGACCUGAUGAACGUCUUCCUGUGUGAUGUCCGCUUGAAGCUCAAGGUGGACUUGAAGAGUUGAGCUCUCUGCAUAUGUUUUAACAGCCCUUGAGCUCUCUGGCCAUGCAGAGAAACCAGUCCCAUUUUCCCCUGUGGAUAUCUUGGCACCUUUGUUCAAUCCAGAAACAGAGGAUGAUGGAAUCAAUAUAGCGGGCUGAAGUAGAAUAUAUUAUUCUUUGGGAAAAUGGCCCAAACUGAAACAAAAUCUUCAGACCUUCUACGGCACCUUAUCUUGUGGAAGCCGGGGACGAACAUCAGAGAACCAGCUGCGCGUGUGAGUCUAGUACUGCAUUCACAGAGCUGUCAUCCGCUUCUUUUGGGCUGUCCCACAACUUUGCUGCCAAGUGUUUGUGCCUGGAAGUUCAGGAGCAUCUCCUGUCUCUUAGCGGACAACACGUUGCAGUGAUGGGUUAUCAGCACACACUUGUCACCUCUUCUGAAGGCUGAAUGACUUCAUAAGUGGUUGUGCAGGGGAAGGAGGCUACCCCUGCCCUCACGGUGGUCUCAUUUGGGCUUUGCUCCCUACCCCGUUGAGGUUCAUAGGUGUGAGUGAGUGUCUGACCCCGUAGGGAGUCAGUACCGCACAGGCAGCCUGAGUGGAGGGGUUUGCUGGCUGGCUGGAACAUGCUGUAAUGACUGGGUGUGACGGAGGGAGCUCUUAAACUCUGUGGAUCGUCAAAGCCAGUAGUUCCCAGCUCCUGCGUGGGAGCCCUUCCCACAGGCCUGCACGCACCAUCCUCUUGGCUGGCUGCCAGCUGCUGCUUUCACUUUGACCUCUUCUGCGUGGUAGUUUGUAAAAAUGCUCAUUUCUUCUCUUUUUCCCUGUCCUCCUUUCCUCCAACUUCCUCAGCGGUUCGCUGCUCCUGGCACAUGGUACUUGCUCCAGAGGGGUGGGUCCGGUCACAGACUCUUCUUAGUGUAUUCCUGGAGAAGCGAGAAAUGGAACCGUGAUCCGUUCUCGGUGUGUCUACGAGCUGCUUCCCUGACCGCUGGUGAGAGGAGCAGGGAGGUCAGAGAAUGGGCUUGUGAGCAUUUGCAUUUAAUCGGAAGGGGAAAUGGAGCCAGGAAUUGGUGUCUUUCUGCCUCCCCACAUCUUGUUUCUGGUGCCCAGCAGGGUCCUGCCUGUCCAUUCCUCUGGAUGUUUGGCUAAUGAAUGAACGUUGAGUGGUUUCGUGCAGAAAUCCCAGUAAAUCCCCGUGUGCUGUUACAAAUGAACAUCCCUGCGUGAGGAGGCCCCGGCCUGCUGCCCCAACAAUCAAAUUAGGAGAUCUGGUAGGGUCUGCUGGGGACUCUGCUCCUGCCUGGCACCUAAACCUGUUGAGCAAAUCCUGUGCUCACUGUCCCCCUCUGGUACAACGUCAAGGAGAUGUUUUACCAGCGCUGGCAGAAGCCUGCACCUGAGAUGCGGGGCACAACUGAGGUGUGCGCUGGCCUGCCUGGUUUCUGCCAAGCAGGGAACCCUGUGGUCCCUCGAAUGCUUUUGUCAACUUUUGUAUUUUCCUUGCAAUAAAAUGAGGUCCCAGCACAAGCAAUUGUUCUCAUC